UAAUGAUCAAUUAUUAUGUAUUGACCGCAUUCUUGUAAAUAGUACAGCAAGUUGUUACUAUUCUCACUCACUCUACUCUUCCCUCCUCGUCCUUCAUUAUGGCGCUCAAAGUUCACAAGGUAGUCGUUGUGAGUUGUCCACGCUGCGUGUUCUCUUCUGGCGGUUCGAAUAGCCCCGGGAGCGUUUCACCAGGGCUCGGGGGAGAAGGCAUUGGUAAAAGUUGCUUCUGCAAUCGCUUUGUUCGUCCUGACUGCUUUAAACUCCAGCACCCCUCAGUGCUCAGCGAGGACGAAUGGAGAGACGAGCCAAUCUACAACGGAGACCAUUUCUUGUACUGGGGAGCUGCUACAAAAAGAAUGCAAGACGGGAGCAAGGUCCGCUUUCAAGUUGUAGAACAGACAGAGUUUUACAGCCUUGACGUACCCGGGUCUCCUCUCACUAGCAGCACAGACCAACGUGGCUAUAUAGAGAGGGCAUCCUCCACUCACUUCAUCUCCCGUGGAAAGGUAGCAUACAGGCUACACGACGAGGAGGAGUAUGCUAUUCCCAGUUCGCUCAAACACAACAAGUCCUCGAGAGCCACUCAGCUCUUCCCUAACCACGAGUUCAGUGAUGGAAAGGCCAGCCCACCGAGUUUCAUUGUACUCUAUGACCCAACUCUCCAGGGAGAGAAUGUUAAGAUACAGGUGGAGUUCCUUACAAAACUUGUCAAGGAAUUGAUCAGAACCAAGUGUAGGGUCAUCAUUGCUUGUACAAAGUGUGACGAAGUGAACGAGGGCCGCAUACAGCUAGGUGCUAAUCUUGCCGCCACCGUAGCCAAGAAACCACUGCCAUUCAUCGAAACCUCCUCUAAAGAAGGCAUCAACAUUGAAGAGGCUUUCUCUCUUGUCAUUAACACGAGCAAAAAGAAGAGCUACAGUAAAAGCAUUGGGAGUUAUCACCAGAUUGUCCAGUCUCGUAGUAAGGAUGUGACAUACUCCACCAACUCAUUUAAUCAGCUAAUAAAGGACUCUGUGUCUGACUUCAACACAGAGUGGAGCGACGUAUGGCCUUAUCUUCAAGCCAAUCCAGUCUGUGUGAAAGUGGUGGAUGUUUUGGGAAUCAAAGAAGCAAAGAAGCUCUUCUGCCAGAGACUCAUGGAGCUCAAGGUGCAGGAAUUACGAGCGAAGCGCCGCUUGUCAUCAAAAGAGUUUCAAAGCAAAUUACUGGAAGCAUUCAGCAAUCACCCAGACCUCAGUAACGACUCUGUUUAUGAUUUCUUGUACACGCCUCCUUCAACUCCAAACAGUAAAGGAACUUUCUAUGGAUCCCCCACCGCUCCGACUCCUCCUUUGACCACGCCCACAAAGACCCCUACUCUACCCACUGAUGCUGUCUCCCCUCCUCCUCCUCCCCCCACUAGUAGCAUACCCUCUCUCUCCAUGGAUCAAACCACACCCACUAAAGUUGUGUUAUUCUCGCCAACUAGAACGUUAAUGAAUCGCUCGUCUGAGCUGUUAGUAAACAUACCCGAUACACUCCUUGACGAGAUGCCGCGUGAUGCUAGUCUUAGGUUCAGGUAUCGGACGCUCCCUCCCUUGCCCACUCAGGAACAAUUCUCUCCUUCACGUCGUCUCUCUUCUACUGAGUCAAUCACAAAGUCCCACCCACAGCUCGACGACUCUGCGAGCAGCUUCACUAGUAGUGGAGGGGGAGCCCCAUAUCUGCAUCGACGUCUAUCGAAUUCAAUGGAUUGCCUGCUAGUGGAGGCGACUGGGACUCUGUUUGAGGAAGAGGAGGAGGGAGAGGAGGUCGAAGGAGUUGGGAGUCGGCUUGUUGGUGACAUUAGGAGGGAGAGUGCCUGCAGCGAGGCCUCUCCUUAUCUCAGACCGGUUGAUGUUCGUAGAGAACUGGAGAUACUAAACUCUAAACAGGACAAGUCCUUGUCUUGUAAACUACCGAGGACCAAGACACGGCCGGCCAUACCGUUUCAAAUGGACGACAGUUUUGUGAGUACAAGAUCGAGAUCAUUUAGAGAAAGAGCAUUCACUUCACCACAGUUGCUUAAACAACCAGGUUUUUCACACGAAGUCCUACCUCCUGUUCCUCCUUCUGCCCCUCCUCUUGUCUCCCCAGUUCCUCCUCCUCUCCCUCCUCCUCCUGCAAAGAAACCGACCACCCUACGGAAAGAGAGUCCACUACUAGUGGGACUAUCUAGUCUCAUAAAUACAGGUAACAGCGAGGAGUCGUCUCUUGACUGUGGGCCACGUAUCCUCAUAGAUCAAUCGACCAAAGGAGAAGGUACCGGGGGUAUGUCAGUCAUUAAAGAUGACACCAGUUCAGUCGGUAGCGGCUCAUUUGCUGAGAUUGAUGACAUUGAUGAUCCUGAUGGCUCCAUCGCCGGAGGUGCUACCGAAGAUAGCUAUCGUUCGAAAAGUCAAACCCCAGAUCCGCUACUACAUGCUCAUUCUUCCUCAACUCUACCAUCCCGUGGUGGCUACCGCAGCCUUCUACUAAUGCCAGUGAAUACACUCCCAGCUCACAUGUCACGAAGUGCUAGGAACUCGCCCGAGAAAGAGAACCUUUAUGCCAGCAUACCUGCUGCGGACGAGGAGUACCUGACAAUGAGAUCAGGAGUGAGUCUAGAGGACAUUCUCUCUGGGAGCAGUAAUAAGCCAAGGAGCAUAUCAAUGCCUGCCCAUGCCGCACAGUCCGUGAUCGAUAAACUGAAGUCGGUGACAAGUCUUGGAUCCCGUUCCAAAGAACAGACUAACGUAGAGAGCAGUCCACAUCAUUCUCCCUCUCCGAGACACAGUCAAAAAGUAGUCUCACCCUCUUAUCGUCCCUUCCAGUCGUUUGAUGAAGGCAGUAGCCGUGGUUUUGUACCUGUGGUUAGGCCACUCCCUCCUUCGCCUAAUAAAAUGAACAGGCGAGCCAAGUCAAUGCUUGGCAGUCCAACGAAACGGAAGAUUAGUUCAGGAGGAGGAGAUAACAAUAUUUAUGAGAGUAUUGACGAGAAUGAGGAAUGGUUUAAGCAGCUUAGGCAGGAGAGGGCUCUUCUCAACCAACAAAAAAUGGAUAAAGUUGAUCCAGAACUUGCAAAGAAAUCUAACACCAUCAUGAGCCACUUCUUGGAGUCAGCUCAAGUCCAGGAGCUGUGGCUAGAAGCAGUCAGAAGAGUGAUACCUGAUUUUAACCCACCGACUGAUGCUUCUAUACCUCCACUGAGCAUCAACCCAGAGUACAUUAUCAGGUAUGCUAAACAAAGCACUCAAGAAAGACAUCAGUCGCCAUCUUCCAAUGGAAAUGAUGAAAGCAAAGAGCAAGAGGAGGAGGAGGAAGAGGUUUGCUAUCCUCCUGAGAGAGAAGAGGAGACUCACAGAAAGCUCACAGUUACUGAUAGUGUCCUCAUUAGGAUGAACAGAUCGUUGCAGCAACUCUCAAGCAGUUCAUCCUCAUCCUCCUCCGAGUCCGAAACUGAAGAAUCAGACGACGAAGAGUCCGAUCAAGAAGGAAACGACGAAGGGGAGACUGAGAUCCCUUCAUCUGUUGGUUGGGUAUCAGGAGGACAGAGAGAGGAAGUGGACACUCUUAGGAGUGAGACUGGAGGCUCUCCUCUCACGCUGGCAGUAGUACACCAGCAACACACAGAAGAGGAGAAUGACUUCAUCAUGACUUGUGAUGGGAAUGCUAAAGGGAAAGAGGAAGAAGAUGAAGCAACAGAGUCAGAGGAAGAAGAGGAGGAGGAAUUUACUAGCAAUGAGGAUGAGAGAGAGGAAACCACUGCUGUAUCAGACAUGAUCCAAUCUCAUGACAUGCAUGUAAUGCAUUCUAAUAAUAACUCUAGCUAUCUUAAGUAUCAAUCAAAUUCACCGGCUCAGUCUAGUAGUAAAAAGAAUGAGACGUCGCCAAUCUUCUUUACCCAGACACAAACUAGUCCCAGUAUUACUACUAACGGUCAUCUCUCUGUAUGUCAAUUGAACUCACUGGAUUCCGGUAUAUCAGCUAGUAAUGGAGUGGCAGAUGAAACCGACUGACAUUAUUAUUAUUAUAUUAUUAUAAUUGUUAUUAUUAGACUAUAUACUUCACUUAUUUUCACCCACUUGACCCUAUCAUAUACAUUUUUGCACAGUUUUGCACUUCUUUCAGUAUUUUUGAUACAAAGAAUUGUUGUAAUUUACAGUA